UUUGUUGUUGCAGAAAGCCUCAUUGCAAGCAGAAAUAAACAGAACUUGGUAAUGCAGAUUAUUUCUGAGUUUAUUUUCCUGGAGCGUAGCAAGGAUGGGGACGUACGCAAAAUGGGCAUAAGUCAAAUGAAUAUAUAUCAAGAGUUUCAGUUGAUACUUGCGCUCAUUGAAUACUUCUCGAGGCCCGGCCGGGAUGCUACACGCAAUGCAAUAUUCCUUUCGCUAUUUGGUAGCCAUCUGACACCACAGCGUUCUCGGCUGUUAUCGCGACUAAUAAGCACUGCAGUUUCGGGAUCGGUGGCGCCGCUACUCUCUUCGGCGGGCACGUGGAUGCAACAAGUUGGCUGCAAGUCACAACCAAGCUUAGAGGUGGCACAGAGUAUUGUGAGUGAUUUCAUAUCAUUCUCUCGCAAAACACCAGAUCAAUUGAAACAACUGCCGAUGGUAGGCUCGCAUUUUGCUGCCAACUUUAUGGUUGCUGUGGCUGAUCUUUACCUAAAUGAUAAACGUGGCGGAGUGCUGACGCCACCACCAGAUGCACUGCUGGAUGCCAUAACAGAGUGGACAACAGAAAAUCCGCUGUUAUGCCAGGCUCCUCAACAGCCUCUAGUAUUACCUGCUGGCGCCAUUGCGAUGCCUUUUGCCACUCCGCUGGCUGGCCUUCUUCGUUGGGUGGUGUUGGCGCCAUUGGUCUCAAACCGUCCGGCGUAUAGCAACCUACAUUUAUCAUUACUGCACACUUUAAUGCAGUUGGACAAGAGUGCGGAAGCGACUCCCUUGCAUGCCCAAGAUCUGCUGCAAAUUGUCACAUCAUUGCAAAAAUACUGUACACGCCUGAAGGACUCCAAAGUAGCACCAGAGGAAGAUGCGGCAUAUCAAAAGUGCAUGGAACGCUUUGCCCAAGCAGUGCAAAUUGCAUUGGCCUCCAAGUGCAUCACCAAUCAGAUCCAGUUGCUCUGUGUGCUCGAGAAUUUGCCACAGCAUACACUUAUGAAAAUAGUUCUUGAAACACACAAAAAACUUUAAAUAAACAUAUGUUAUACCAACUAUAUUAUCAAGGCAUUAAUUUUGGGAUUUGCGUUUGUGGUUUAUAUAAUAUUGUAAAACUUC